AUGGCCGACAAAGCCCACUUCAACCGGGCUCAGUUGCGAACCCAGACUAUGAAGGAAGAACUCAAGAAUGUUGAACCGACUCACUUGGAUAUGUUCUUGAGUGGCAUCGCGAAUCGCGAGCCACCCAUCUACCAAAUCAUCGAUGGUAAGGUACAACCACCACUUGCAACUGUCAUCAUCAAAGAGGACGCCAAUCGAUAUGACUUCGGUAAUGUGUCAUUGUGUGAGGAGGCGGGAGGUGGUGUACACCAUGUCUGGGUCACCAUCGAGAAUGGCCACGCCGAGGCGCACGUCAAGGAACCUCUUCCUAGGGAUCCUGGUGAUCUCCUCACUGCCGUCAUCCUAGAUUCAGUCUUCGUGCAUCUGUUUGAGCUCUGGAAGCAGAAGUACGAGGCCAUCCAGCUACAUGCUCGUCAGGUCAAUGAAGCCAGAUCGGUUGCGCAUCAUGCAGCUAACAUGCAGAGAGAGAUCUUUCCAUAUGGCGAGACUAUCAUGAAGUUACAACAGGCGCAGCGAAAGACCGAUGGUCAUUCUUCUGAUGACGCAAACAACAAAAAGCGAGAAGGACCCGGAGAUGUCAUCAAACACCCAGCGAACAAGCGCAAGAAGAUCGGUAUUGCCUCAAUCCCCGACUCCGUGAAGAACGCGGCUUUCGACAAGAUCCCAGAGGGCACCAAGGCAGAACUGUUCAAUGCAGUCGCCAAGAUUGCAUUUCCGGACAUUGAUCCUGUUCUCACCGCUGCUUGGAACGUGGUUUCAGUUUUCCAGAGCAUUGGAACCGAGUUUCCGGCUCUUCAUACGACAAUCAUGGACCUCCACAGGGUCCUACUGGAAAUGGAGAGCAAGUAUACCAAGGUCAAGAUUGAGCAGAGCCCAGCACCCGAGGGCAAUCAGGCAUCACCAGGAGAAUCCAGUGAUACGCAACAAUCAAACCAGGAUGAUCAACACAACAACCAGGUUGGAGGUUACGUAGCUCCUGCACAUCCAUAUAUGCAACAGGGCAAAGAAAAAGAGACUGCCACUCUCGGUAGGCAGGCUCAGGUAGGAGACCUCAGGCAGGAGUAUAUGCAAGGACAGGCCAGCUCCAUGUCUGAAGGUUUGCCAGCUGAAGGUGGAUCGCAACCAUCCGGCCGAGCUCAACAUCAGUUCCGCUCCACGCCCUAUACCGUACGUAGCGGUACAAGCGAAAUGCGCCCAAUCGCAUCAUUGGCAUCUGAGCUACACAAAUCUGUCCAGCAAACGUACUUUGGUCAUACUACGUCUCAACACUUGCCAUCCGAUGAAUCAAUGAGCUCGACCAAGCCGACCACCCAGAAGAAUAGGGCAACCAAGAUAACUGGAUCCGGCGCUGCUUCACGAGACACCCCGAUUCCCAGAGACGAAGACAUGAAGGAACUUCUCAAGAGCCAGCUCAAGCAAAUCCAUGGCGAGAUCCGCGAAGUCCAAGGCCAACCUUUCGACUCUGACAGCAGUAACGGCAACGAGUCACCUUUCCGCCGCCCUGAGAUCCCCCGCGGUCGGGACAGAGACUCCCGUGGUGACAGUCGCUCUCAGUGGGCUCGAAGGUCCGGUUCUCGAUUCGGUGGGUACGAUGGCAGUUAUGCUUCCCGCAUGUCUUCCCCCGCUGAAGGCCAGUCUGAGCACGGAAGAAAUCAUAAUAGGGAUGGGAGCGCCGGUGUUUUCCUUCCGGAUCGACGCGUCCAGACUGGAAACCGUGCCGAUGAUGAGGAGUUGUUCGUCGCUACAAGCAACUCUCCUUCCACCGGACAGAUGCAGUCUCGCCAGGAUGUGCCCUCCUUGGGAAAUUCCAAGCUGGGCCCCAAGAAGGGAACUCAGGCGGACAAGUAGAAUGUUCAGAGGUGGUCUCGCGGAUUAAGUGCCAGUGUUCAGCUUUUUUGCUGAAUUGGAGUACACAUCCUUGCGAGGCUGAUUAUGGGCCAUUCCUGACCAUGUGUCGGCCUAUUUUCGCCCUUCAUAUGAUGCUUCUACGAUCUUUC